AGCAUCGGUUUCCUCUCGAGCGAACUUGCACUGAAGCACCGGCAGGUGAAUGCAUUCAAUGGAAAUCGCAACAGCGACGCGUGCGACAGCUUGCGGGGUCUUCUCGCUCUGUUAGCUCGCUGCACGCAAAGGACACGUUAUCUUACUGUUGGCGGAGCCCGCGUCAAAAUAGACAAAGGCGGUCUCCUAAGGACUGGGCCCGAGACAGAGUUUUUAGAAACUCUACCUCAGCCGCGGGAACUGAUCGCGAACAAAACCCGCCAUCUACCCCACGACACAAAAAGAUGAAGAAAAGAAGAAUGGCCUGGUAUUGGCUGCUGUCACUACCACUACUAGCAAUGGUACUCGACAAUGCUUCUGGUGGCGGUGCCACAGCGUCGGACGUCAAAGGCGGAUCCACACCAGGAAUUUCAGGCGCUACUCUCAGUAGCUCGUCGAAUAUGGAACGGAGAUGGAAAUGCCAUAGGCUUGGCAAACUUUCUACAGUUCAAGCAGCGAAUUCGAGAUGCUGGUUCUACUGUUUCGACGAGUCCUUGUAUCGAAUCUACCGGUUACCAGAGCCGAACGGAACACCAUGCUUGGUGGACAAGAACUACCCUCAAGGAACGUGCAGAUAUUCGCGGUGUCGCCAGCCCAACAUGAAAAAAAGAUGGUGGCUUGGCAAAUUGUUCCGCAAGGGCUCCGGUGUCAAGGAAUAAACACGCGAAACUACGCGCAA